GUACUCACGAUCUCCAGCUUCAAAAUAAUAGCAAUGGCCGCUCUCUUUGACUGUCUCAUCGUCGGCGGCGGCCCAGCCGGCCUCGCAGCUGCUCUGGGCCUCUGCCGCGCCGUCCGCACCGCCGUCGUCUUCGACUCGCAGGCCUACCGCAACAGCCUGACGGAGCAUAUGCACAACGUCUCGACCUGGGACCACUCGCAGCCCCGGGACUACCGCGCUGCUGCCCGCCGCGAGCUCACCGAGGGCCGCUACAACACCGUCACGCUGGCGGAUGUCGCCCUGCGCAAGGUGUUGCAGCUGGACUCGGGCGAAUUCGAGGCCACCGACGCCGCCGGGAAGGUCUGGAGAGGCCGCAAGCUGGUGCUGGCGACGGGCGUCAAGGACGAGAUCCCAGACCUGCCUGGAUACGCCGACUGCUGGCCCAAAUCGAUCUACCACUGUCUCUUCUGCCACGGCUUCGAAGAGCGAGGCGCCGACUCCGUGGGCGUCCUGGCCAUCGGACCGACGGGCAACCCCAAGCCCGCUGAGCAUCUCGCGCGGCUGGCACACAACCUGGCGAAGACGGUCACUAUCUAUACGAACGCGAACGACGAGCUGGCCGAGCAGCUCCGCCCGGCCGUCGAGAAGGACCAGUGGCUCAGCCUGGACAACCGGCCCCUGAAGCAGCUGCACAAGACGGACGGCAUCCCCGUCAAGGUCGAGAUGCAGGACGGGACCAACAAGACAGAAGGCUUCCUCGUCCACGCGAUGAAGACGACCCCCGUGCUCGGGUUCGAACAUAAUCUCAACCUGGAGCUGUCUCCCCAGGGCACCGAGUUCAAGACUACGCAGCCCUUCAGCGAGACGACCACCCGCGGCUGCUUUGCUACCGGUGACUGCGGCAUGCCCAUCAAGGCCGCCAGCAUGUCGAUGAGCCAUGGAUCUCUCGCCGCGGUGGGCGUCGUAUCCCAGAUUGCAUUCGACGAGAAGGCAUGA